GAACGGAGCUGUUUUUUCUGUCUUAUGCGCAAAUAUAUAAAUCGCCACUAGUCCUACAUUUGUGAGUCUGCCUUGUUUUGUAUUAAAAAAAACAUUGUACGUGUUUAUCAUCUAGCUGACAUAUUUCAGUCGUGUUUCCAGGAAAUUAUUGUAGGUUUCGAUUGGCAUACGCACUUCGUAAUAGCUAGCUAGCCCAUUUAAAGCCACAGUAGGAACGCGAGGACGCCUUCUGGUGUUGAUUGAGAUAGCCUGCUGUCGAAUCGAGCUAGCUAACCGAACAAAGGAACGCAGUGUGACUGAGGCAGCGUCGUUGGUCAGCAGGUAUCAUAGUUUUCACAUUAAGCUAAAGGUCUACGACAAAAAUGGCUGAGGUGUACAUUCGCGUGGCAGAAGAAGAAAAUGAGGAACCAAUGGAGAUUCCAUCAGAAGACGAUGGCACCGUGUUGCUUUCCACCGUGGCCGCUCAGUUUCCAGGCGCGUGCGGCCUACGAUUCCGGAGUCCCGUGUCUCAGUGCAUGAGAGGAGUUCGUUUGGUCGAGGGAGUUCUUCAUGCACCAGAGAAUGGCUGGAGUAACUUAGUUUACGUCGUAAAUUAUCCCAAAGACAAUAAAAGGAAGAUGGAAGAAAUUGAUGCAUCCUCUGCUGUGAAGAUGAAGAGAGGGGACAUGAAAACGUCAGAUCUCAUUGUGUUAGGUUUGCCUUGGAAAACCACAGAGCAAGACCUGAAAGAUUACUUCAGCACCUUUGGGGAAGUUAUUAUGGUCCAGGUGAAGCGAGAUGCUAAGACUGGGAACUCCAAAGGAUUUGGUUUUGUGAGAUUUACUGAAUACGAGACCCAAGACAAAGUGAUCUCUCAGCGCCACAUGAUUGAUGGAAGAUGGUGCGACUGUAAACUCCCCAACUCUAAGCAAGGCCCUGAUGAGCCCAUGAGAUGCAGGAAGGUGUUUGUUGGCCGUUGCACUGAAGACAUGACUACCGAUGAGCUGCGCCAGUUCUUCAUGCAGUACGGCGAAGUCACUGACGUCUUCAUCCCCAAGCCAUUCCGUGCUUUUGCCUUUGUCACUUUUGCUGAUGACCAGGUUGCCCAGUCCUUAUGUGGAGAGGACCUGAUAAUCAAGGGGGUCAGCGUGCACAUCUCAAAUGCUGAGCCAAAGCAUGGCAACAGGCAAAUGGAUCGUGCAGGGCGGUUUGGAAAUGGUUUCGGGGCUCAGGGGUUUGGUAGUAGCCGUAGUGGGAUAGGAAGCAGCACGAACAGCAAUCUGGCCAAUUUUGGGUCCUUUAGUUUGAAUCCUGCAAUGAUGGCAGCUGCUCAGGCUGCCCUGCAGAGCAGUUGGGGAAUGAUGGGUAUGCUAGCCAGUCAGCAAGGCCAGUCUGCCACCUCUGGCACCGCAUCUACUGGAUCUAGCUCCAGUAGGGAUCAGAGUCAGUUCUCCAGUACAGGCAACAGUAACUACAGCACCAGCUCAGCCAGUCUAGGUUGGGGCACUGGCUCAAACUCAACAACCAGUGGUAGCGGGUUUAGCUCAGGCUUUGGAUCUAGUAUGGAGUCUAAGUCAUCCGGGUGGGGAAUGUAAGUUAAAUAGUUUGUAUGGUAAGUAUUGUGAGAACGACAAGUCUUUUCCAAAUUUAUUUUUGGUGUUAUGCGUGUCUGAAAAAGAGACCGCUUUUGUGAAAGAAACAUGUUUUGUACAUUUGGAAAAAUGCAAAAGAUAUAAUUUAGAAAGUGUUUGAAGUGAAUUUUUGUUUACCAGGGUUCUCAAUUUAAGUGCUAUUUUGGAUGUCAAAUAAUUUUGUUUUUAAGUUUGUAUUAUCCUGAUUAAUUUCAACUGGAUUCUCUAAUGCAUGUAUUGUGAAAUGUGGUAUCUAAAAAUGCAUGAGUAAUAAGUAUGGCUCACCAUUCUACUGUAUCUACGAAAGCAAUCUUGCAUUGGAAAGAAUCUGGUUGAACUUAAAAUGUUUUAAGUGCAACUUUAUUUGCAGUCAAGUUCUAUGGAAAAGCCUUCACUAAAAUCUCUUCUGCAGUUCACCUCUCUUCCAUUUUCCCGGGAGGAAGCUCCUCUUUGGCAGCAUUCUUUGGGUGGUGUGUAUCACUCUCCCUCUGCCCAUCUGUAAAUGCUUUGCCAUCAAAGAACGGCUUCACUCCGCAUGUUCUAAGAGACGGUGGGUGUUUCAUUUUUAUCCAAUUUUUAAUGGAAAGAUCUGCGCGUCUGACAUUUUAAGAACUCAUGAGUGCGAUUGAGGAUGGCUUGUGGCGAAGAGUGAAUCGAUGAGUGAGCGAACGGAGAGCGAGAAAAAAAAAGCGUGGAAAGGACUGGUUGUGCAAUGAGAGCCCACUUUGACUGCUUUUGUGAGUGUGAAUGCAAGCUGCAGAUGCAACAAGCGCCUCCCUAACAUGGACAUUCAUUGAUUAGUACUUCAAGAUCUCCUUUUUUAUCUUUGCAAUUUUUCCUAUCCUUUAGUAUAUCGAUCAAGUACAGAAGUAGUAUCAAAUGUAGUAGUGUGUUGUGAUGAAUAUCUGUCUUGCUUAAAUAACCUGACCUGAAUGCUGUAUGGUGUGUGUGGUUUCUUUCCUUGUUAUUGAACUGAUCUGUAAGUGUGAACUUGAUGUGGAUGGCACCUGCUGGGGACUCUGGGGACGUGAGUGUUGGUGUGAGAACGUGGAGUGGUGUGGUUGUCAAUGAUUCCCAGUAGAUCUCAAUGUUUCAGAGUGUUGUAAGACAUGUCAAAUGAAGGGAGUUCUCUAAUAAAGCUUGUUUGAAUAGA